AGACCAUGGAUUUAAUUCUUCCAUGGAAAAUACCGACAACGACGAAGCGAAAAAAGCCAAGCAAUCUAUUCUGAAAAGCUAAAAGCUCUUACCCGACGAUGGUUCAUGUCGCCGAAGACCAUGGAWUUAAUUCUUCCAUGGAAAAUACCGACUACGACGAUCCCGUGCAUCGUUUGGUAGGCGCAAUUGUGAGUGGUGCCGAUGACGGAAACAAUGAGCACGUAAUAGCCCUUGCCAAGCGAGUGUUGUCCAGCCAGAUUGGAACGAACUCCAACGACGAUCCCCACCAUGGCGGCGCCAAUGUGGAUUUGUCAUCCACUUGGAGACGAAUUUCGAGAAAGGCUCGCCAUCCGGGUGCCAGGGAAGAAAUCGAAAAUUUGUAUCUCCGCUACAACAAAGAGUCGUGCGCGAACGGAAAUCCCGAUCUUCCACCAAAAGUUCUCAUGACGCUGACAAAACUGAUUGGAAAGCGAUUACCAAUGGUGAAGAAUCCUCUUGUAUCCACAGCAUCCACAACACUGAUGGUGGAAAAACAAGUUCCAACGCGGUUGGAAUCUCAGGAAAGGCAACAUGUUAAAUUAGCACCCAAAGAAAAUAUUAUGAAAGAAAUGGCACAAUCUCCCGUAAUAAAAAGUGCAGAUGAGAUGUACAUCCAUCGGCAACCACAGGAACAUCAAUCUAUGUCACAGUCACGAACGCAAUCAAUGCAGUCAGAGGCAUGUGAAAGUUCUCCUAGAGUUCUACGGCAAUCGACACGCCAAAAUGCGCACCCCAAACAGCUUCAACGGCCACAAACACAGCCAUUGCAGUCAGAUACGUAUGAAAGUUCCCCUCAAGUACAACAAUCAAAGUGUCAAAACACCCUUAAAAAAAAAGAAUUGCAACGAGAAGAAGGAAAACUAUUGAGAGAAUGCCUGUAUUCGCUCCAGGGAAUUGAGGGAGAACGGGUCCGAUACUAUUGCAGAGAACCCCGGGAUUACAGUAUCCCCGAUGUUAGUAACUGCGAAGGUAUUCGCAUCCAGUCUAGCGCUCUAUCACAAAACAUUCUGUACGCGGGGCAAAUUUCUGAGACAAGAUUGGGAAGUGGGGCUAUGGAUGCCCUAAAAGUGUGCGGCGAAGCUGGGUGGCUUUACACUCAGAUCACUUCCUACAUUCAUCGAGUCCAACAGGACCGAACCAAAGGAGUUGUGGCACGGGCAUUUGCUGAGACACUGACUGAGCAACUGAGGGACUACCAUUCGCUCUUGACUACUUACGAGACUAAACUUCCAGGAUUUACUUUACGACAGAUGUUGGUAGAGCUUCGGGGACCAAUUUUUCGACUGAAAGCACUGGCGAUGCUUGUGGACGGAAUGAAAGAGCUCACGGGGGGUCACCUUCUGAGUGCUUUGCACAAGCACAGCAUCCAUGGCAACACCAUUCACGUCGAUAUAGUCCAAUCGAUUCUCCGCAAGGUGUCGCGGCCAUGGUUUGAAAUUUUGUACGCAUGGACCACAAAAGGGAUUUUGUCUGAUCCAUGGAAUGAGUUCUUUGUGGUUGAGAAUAAGGACGCGGAGGAUAGAUAUUUGUGGAACAAAAAGUACAGCGUCAACUGGGACAAAGUCCCAAAAGGGAUUUUGGCACAAGAAUAUGUGAAACCUUCUUUCAAUGUCGGAAAAGGAAUUAAUUUCAUCAGGCGUUGUUUGUUAGAUGGCCAAUGGACCAUGCAACUUCGAAGCGGCAUUACGCACCUCCCUACUUCUAUUGCUCCUGAAAAGGGGAAUAAAAUCGGAGAUACUUUGGGAUAUAGGUAUGAAUCGAACGAAUACGGGAAAGAAGAGAAUCCUGUUUUGAAGAAGACUUUGACGGCUGCUACGGGAUCGGUUCAUAGCCACAUCCUUCGUGCUGUUAAGGAAGAGAACCAUUUAAUGGAGCAUUUGUUUGCCUUGAAGCAGUUUUUGCUUCUGGGUCAAGGCGAUUUCUAUUCUACACUCAUGGAUGGAUUGUAUAAUGAAUUCAACCAAAACAGAGUUCAAUUUUCUGGUGGAAUUUACAAGCAUUCACUGUUGGUGAUAGUCGACGGAGCCUUAAGAAGUUCAAAUGCCAAAUAUAUGCCACCAUAUAUAGUCGAACGACUGGAAGUUAAGCUGAUUAUUGAUCCCGGGGAGGAAAUGCACGACGUUUUGAUGGGACCCGCAGGAUUAGGUGGUGGCAACACAUCAGAAGAUCGGCGGACAAUUUAUGACAUGUUUGUUUUUGAUUACCACGCGCCGGAUCCAGUCUUACCCAUUGUUCACUCAGUUGCGAUGGAUCAAUACAAGACUCUGUUUGCCUUGCUGUUUCGAUUGAGAAGAAUUGAAUAUGUUCUGAAUUUUACAUGGCGUCAAAGCGCAACACUUUCACACGCUCUCCAGAAUUCAGCUCAGUACAUCGGCAUCGAUACAGCUUCAAGUGAAGGAUAUUAUCGGGCCACAUUCCUUCUGAGAAAAAUUUCGAUCGUCCGACAGUCGAUGACACAUUUGAUUGUCAAUCUUAAGAGUUACCUCAUGUUUGAAGUAAUCGAAGGUGAUUGGCAAAGGCUCGAAUCGGCAAUUCAUGACGCAUCGACGCUAGAUGAGGCCAUUGAAGCCCACGACAGUUACCUCGCCAAUAUCAUAGACAAGGCCAUGGUUAGAGUAUCUGAUUGCAGAGAAUCCUCACGGCAGUUGGCAAAGCAAGUACAUAUCGUCUUGACGAUUAUCAGUGAAUUCUGCGAUUUGCAAGAAAAUCUUUUCAACCAAUCCCUAGAGGAAGCAGAAAUCACUGCUCAAAAGCGAAUUCAGGCUGAAAAUCGCUUGAAGCAAGGCCAGUGGGGAUUCAACUCACAAAAAGACAUCGAGGAACAAGAAUCCUUCUUUGGCCUCGCUAAGUCUUCUGUCAUCGAUUUAGUAUCAAGAAUCUCCAAGAAUUAUAAUUAUCAAGCAAUGGGACUACUGAAAGCUUUGAGCGAGAGAGUUGACGGAGAUCGAAGUGACUCGACUGCAAAGAAUGGUUCUUAUUGGGAAAAUGACGACCUUCAUCCUCAGCGAUUUCUCGUAGCUCAACUGGAUCACAAUAAUUUCUAUACAAAUCAAGGGGCAUGGCAAUGAACAUAUGUAUUUGCUUUUUAAAUUUAUUGAGUAAAUCCAGUUCAUUCACAAAUUCGAGACGUCCAAUGCACGAAAUACUUGUACUCUUAGUAAGUGUUUAAGUGUGUAUGAAAAUAAAAUUAUAUUACGCGUUUCGUAACAAUUGAAACUGGCCUCGAAAGAGAGCAAAAAGUAAUAUUUGUUAUUAUAUCGCUGAAGGACCAGGACCAAAUACUUUUCUACGGGUAUGGUAGUACCAUUUGGUCCUGGACCAUACCACCUUAAAUAACACACCAAAGAGACGCAUUUUCUUAUUGGUGUGACGCACCAUGUGACACAUGUAAAAAUCACGUGCGCAAUAAGCAGUUAGUGUAGUG